CUGCUCUCCGCCCUAGAAGGAGCUGCUUCCUGGAGCUCUCUCGAUGUCUGAUGCACUUGACGAAGCUGGAGGCAAGAACAUGAGCCGCCUAAACACAAGCGACAGCUGCUCGUUUGUUGACGUGGAUACGAUGAUGCGUACCUUGCAGCUGGCAGUCCACAUCCCCACCUUCCUCCUGGGCCUGGUCCUCAAUCUCUUGGCUAUCCGAGGCUUCAGUACCUUUCUGAGGAAGAGGCAGCCAGAAUACAUUGCCACUUCCAUCUACAUGAUUAACUUGGCCGUCUUCGACUUACUGCUCGUGCUCUCCCUCCCAUUCAAGAUGGUCCUGCCGCAAGUGGAGUCCCCUUCCCGAGGCUUCUGCACGCUGGUGGAGUGCCUCUACUUCAUCAGCAUGUACGGCAGUAUUUUCACCAUCUGCUUCAUCAGCCUGGACAGGUUCCUGGCCAUGCAGUACCCGCUCCUGGUCAGCUACUUCCGGUCCCCCAGGAAGACCUUUGGGAUCUGCUGCAUCCUCUGGAUCCUGGUAUGGAUAGGAAGCAUCCCUAUCUACACUUUCCACAGGGAAGUGGAGAAAUACAAGUGCUUCCACAACAUGUCCGACGGCACCUGGAGUGCCAGGGUCUUCUUCCCGCUGGAGAUCUUUGGCUUCCUCCUUCCCAUGAGCAUCAUGGGCUUUUGUUCCUAUAGGAGCAUCCGCAUCCUGAUGGGCCGUAGGGAGUACACUCAGGACUGGGUCCGGCAGAGAGCCUGCAUCUGGACCAUCGCUAUCAACCUUGUCAUCUUCGUGGUCUCCUUUCUGCCGGUGCACUUGGGCUUCUUCCUGCAGUUCCUGGUGAGGAACAGCUUUAUCUCCGAGUGCAGAGUCAAGCAGAGCAUCAGCUUGUUCCUGCAGCUGUCCCUGUGUUUCUCCAACAUCAACUGCUGCCUCGAUGUUUUCUGCUAUUACUUUGUCAUCAAAGAAUUUCGCAUGGGCAUCAAAGCCCACCGGCCUUCCAGAGUCCAGCUGGUCCACCAGGACACCACAAUCUCCAGGGGUUAAGGGAAGGUACCCCAAGGGAGGGAAAUCCCAGUCCCAAAUUCUCAUAAGAAACAUCCUGUGCCUCUUUGACAUUCUCUGGCUACCAUCUUUGUUCUUUAUACCCAUCCCUAAGACCUUUCCACAGCAUCUGGACGGCUGACGUAUGUCACCCUUGGUUUGCGUUUGCUAAAGAACCAGGUGGCUUCUUCAUUUCUAAGUCCAAAAUGUAGAAAGCAGAAGAAUCAAAAAAAAAAAAGAAAAGAAAAGAAAAUGUAAUUUUACUUUAGAAGCCUGUUUCUCAGCUUUCCCAUCUUUCCAUUCUGUUGGAAGAGUCGAGAAAGGGAGAGACGGAGAAAGGGGUAGGGCCGGGAUUCGAGAGCAUUUUGGUAGAGAUACAGGGAGAGGGAAGAAACAUGCCUUCAAGAUGGAGCAAGCUUGCACUUUUCCCCAGACCCUUCUGAAGCUCUGUUGGCAAUGACUCUACAGAAAUGAUGACAAAGAGGGCUUUUAAGAGCUGAAAAGAUUUCCUUCCAGCCCUAGAAAGGUGCAAGAGGAGAGGCCAUCCAAACCUUCUCAUACCCUUGAGACGGACUAGAUGGAGGGAGGGGGCUGUGUGAGGCAGGCCAUGGGGAAGCAGGAGACACUAUGGGGGCAAUGGGGACAGGCUGGAAAGAGGAAAUGGAAAAGGUCUAGAAUAUACUUAGGGAAGGAAAGAGACACACCCGAGCUGGAACCAGAUGCCUGCUCUCCUAACACCAUCAGUAGUAGUGCUGUCUCAGGACUCAGACAACCUAAAAAAGAUAACUCUCUCGAAGGUGACCAUCCUUCUCUCUUGGACAGCCUAGAAACAGAUCAUUGGACCAGUAGGAAGGAAGCAAGAUUCAGUCAUCCCAGAAUGAAGGAAGAGUCCUUAUUGGGUCCUUUCACUGGUUACAGGUCUAGGGAGCUGGCCAGGAACUGGAGGGAGGAGAGGGGGGGUGGCUUUCUUCACUAGGCGGCAGGAAGACCUGGGUUGAAAGAAGGCGGUGAGGUGCUCGUCGGUUCCUGGAAGGAAACUCCAGACAGCUGAAUCAGUGUUGGAGCCUUGAUGGGCUCUUCUCGCUCUGGUGGAGGUGCUGACAGUGACAGCUGCAAGCCUCACUUGCCAUGACUCAGCCGUUCCAGAGAGUGAAACGAUUAGAAGGAUAAAUUGUGGGGUGCUUUUGCAAGACGGAAGGAGUGGGAUGAGAAGAAAUGCAUGAGACUUCACACGAAUAAGACACAAGGUCUUUAGGAAAAGGAGCAGCUACAGCCCUGACUCACUGGAUCCCAGGGAUGAGACUGGGGGAGGGGUGAGAGAAGAUGGAGAUGUGUCUCUCAUCUGGGACCUGCCCACAGAGCAGAAGCUGGAGGUGAGGCAAGGUGUGAGAGACAGGAGGAGCAGGAAG